CUGCCGUGCAUGGAGCAGGGCUGACUGGGUAGAGCAGAGCACAGCACUGUGUGUUCUGAAGCAGCUCGUCUUCCUUUUGUAUAAAGAGAUGAGCAGAGGAAGAGAGAACAGACAAGUGUGACACUGUCGCUGUUCACGCUCGGCUCACAGGCGUCCCUCAUACAGCACACACAACCGCCAUAGAGAGGGAACUGGUUCACGUCGCUCCUGCUUCUGCUUUGCGGAUGUUUUGGUCUAAAUGGAUGAGCAGAGCAAAGAGGAACAUGUGCUCACGGGUCUAGAUGAGGAGGCCUUGGUUGACUACGGGAAGACCAGCUUCACCACUCUUUCAAACUAUGAGACAGAAGAUUUGGAAAGUCACAGAGCUGUGUACGUAGGGGUCCACGUUCCAUUUGGAAGAGGGAGCAAACGGCGGCACCGCCACAGAGAACGCAGACAUCACCGAAAGAAGAAGGACAGAGACUGUGAAGAAGGGAAGGAAGAUGGAAGAGAGUCCCCCAGUUAUGACACACCUUCACAGAGGGUACAGUUCAUCUUAGGAACAGAGGACGAUGACCUCGAGCACAUUCCCCAUGAGCUCUUCACUGAGCUGGAUGAGCUGUCCUUUAGAGAUGGUGGCGCGACUGAGUGGAAAGAGACCGCCAGAUGGUUGAAGUUUGAAGAGGAUGUGGAAGACGGUGGAGAGCGGUGGAGUAAGCCCUAUGUGGCCACAUUAUCACUACACAGCUUAUUUGAACUUCGCAGCUGCAUACUGAAUGGCACAGUCAUGCUGGGUAUGAGGGCCAACAGUAUUGAGGAAAUUGCAGACAUGGUCAUAGACAGCAUGGUGGCAUCUGGCCAGUUGAAGGAGGAUUUGCGCGCCAAGGUCCGGGAAGCAAUGCUGAAGAAGCACCACCAUCAGAAUGAGAGGAAGCUCAGCAAUCGCAUCCCUCUGGUGCGCUCCAUUGCUGACAUAGGCAAGAAACAUUCUGACCCACUCUUGCUUGAAAGAAACGGAGAGGGCUUGUCCUCCUCACGGCUCUCUCUCCACAAGCCAGGAUUGGCCUCCUCCGUCACCAGCCUGUCCCAGAGACGAGAGUCGAGAGUCUCCGUUCUGCUCAGCCACCUCCUGCCCUCCUCCUCUUCCAACACUGGGCUGUCUCCGGGCCCCUCUCCCCACAGCACCCCACAAAGCACCCCUUUAUCUUUUCGCCGCUUCCAUCUAAGCCCGUCACAAACCCGUUGCACAGGCCCUGGCCCUCAAGGCAUACCGGAGGUGGUUGUAUCUCCUCCCGAGGACGAUGAGCCAGCAAAUUCUGCAGAGGAGGACGUAGUGUCUCCACAGCUCACCCGGCGAACAUCCUCGGCAUCCCAGAAUCAUGAGCUGCUGCCCUUAGAAGGCCCAAUGGUGUCUCCGCACUCUCUUCCAAACAAUCUGGAUGGAAACAAGCCGAUGGAGAGGAGGCCAUCCAAAGUAGGGGUCAGUAGAGAAAGCAGCAGUGUGGACUUCAGCAAGGUGGACAUGAAUUUCAUGAAAAAGAUUCCUCCUGGUGCUGAGGCUUCGAAUGUGCUUGUUGGAGAAGUGGACUUUUUAGAGAAGCCCAUAAUUGCAUUUGUACGGUUAUCACCAGCAGUCCUUAUCACAGGGCUUACUGAGGUACCAGUUCCCACAAGGUUUCUUUUUCUCCUUUUGGGUCCACACGGUAAAGGACCACAGUACCAUGAAAUUGGCAGAUCAAUGGCAACACUAAUGACAGAUGAGAUCUUCCAUGAUGUGGCUUAUAAAGCCAAGGACCGAACAGAUCUGCUCUCUGGAAUGGAUGAGUUCCUUGACCAGGUAACUGUCCUGCCCCCUGGUGAAUGGGACCCCACCAUCCGAAUCGAGCCCCCGAAGAACGUCCCAUCUCAAAUGAAGAGAAAGAGACCGUCGCACCCUAAUGGUAAUGCAUCUCCAGCUGGAGAGCUGGAAAAAGAGGACGAUCACCAUGCAGGACCUGAGCUUCAAAGGACUGGGAGGAUUUUUGGAGGUUUGGUCCUGGAUGUGAAGCGGAAAGCGCCCUUCUACUGGAGCGACAUCAAGGAUUCGCUCAAUCUUCAGUGUCUAGCCUCUAUUCUUUUUCUCUACUGUGCCUGCAUGUCCCCUGUCAUCACAUUUGGAGGUCUGCUUGGAGAGGCGACGAAAGGCAACAUAAGUGCAAUAGAAUCCCUGUUUGGAGCAUCACUGACAGGAGUGGCAUACUCACUGUUUGCGGGGCAGCCUCUCACUAUUCUUGGAAGCACAGGGCCUGUUUUAGUGUUUGAAAAGAUCCUCUUCAAGUUCUGCAAGGAUUAUGGCCUGUCCUACUUGUCUCUGCGGACCAGCAUCGGACUGUGGACGGCGUUCCUGUGCAUUUUGCUGGUAGCCACGGAUGCAAGCUCGCUGGUCUGCUACAUCACUCGCUUCACAGAGGAGGCCUUUGCAGCCCUCAUCUGCAUAAUCUUCAUCUACGAGGCUCUGGAGAAGCUCUUUCACCUCGGAGAAUAUUACCCCGUCAACAUGCACAACAAUUUAGACAAUCUGACUUUUUACUCGUGUCAGUGCUCUCCACCAGCCAAUGAAUCCGAUCAGCUCUUGCAGCAAUGGAACCGAACAGGAUACAACAGCUCAGACUCUAUACCAUGGAGCAACCUCAAUGUUUCGAUGUGUAAAUUGCUUGAUGGGGAGUUUGUGGGUCCUGCCUGUGGUCACCAUGGUCCUUACAUCCCAGAUGUUCUCUUCUGGUCCAUUAUCCUCUUUUUCACCACCUUCUUUUUAUCGUCAUUCCUCAAGCAGUUUAAGACAGAGAGGUACUUCCCCACAAAGGUGCGUUCCACCAUCAGUGAUUUUGCCGUGUUUUUAACCAUAAUGAUUAUGGUGGUUGUGGAUUAUCUGAUGGGGAUUCCGAGUCCUAAACUGCAUGUCCCGGAUCGCUUUGAGCCAACAUCAAAGCACAGAGGCUGGCUGAUGGAUCCAUUAGGAGAAAACCCCUGGUGGACGCUGCUGGUGGCGGCGGUUCCUGCUUUACUCUGCACAAUCCUCGUCUUUAUGGACCAGCAGAUCACUGCGGUCAUCAUCAACCGCAAGGAGCACAAGCUGAAGAAAGGAUGUGGUUAUCACCUGGAUCUCCUUAUAGUAGCAAUAAUGCUGGGGGUGUGCUCCAUUAUGGGCUUGCCAUGGUUCGUGGCUGCGACCGUCUUGUCCAUCUCCCAUGUGAACAGCCUGAAGGUGGAGUCCGGCUGCUCAGCGCCGGGAGAACAGCCCAAGUUUCUGGGCAUUAGGGAGCAGCGGGUCACUGGAUUCAUGAUUUUUACCCUCAUGGGCUGCUCUGUUUUCAUGACCUCGGUGCUGAAGUUUAUUCCCAUGCCUGUUCUGUAUGGAGUUUUUCUCUACAUGGGUGUCUCUUCCCUCAAAGGCAUUCAGUUCUUUGACAGAAUCAAAUUGUUUGGCAUGCCUGCAAAGCACCAGCCCGAUCUGAUCUACCUGCGCUACGUGCCGCUGUGGAAGGUUCAUGUGUUCACGCUAGUGCAGCUCACCUGUUUGGUGUUGCUAUGGGUCAUAAAAGCCUCUGCAGCAGCUGUCGUGUUUCCCAUGAUGGUUUUGGCUCUUGUGUUUAUUCGGAAGCUUCUGGACCUUUUGUUUACCAAUAGAGAGUUGAGUUGGCUCGAUGACCUGAUACCAGAAAGCAAGAAGAAGACAGAGGAUGACAAGAAAAAGAAAGCACAAGAAAAGCUGGAGGAAGAAUCUCAACUGGAGGAGGAAGAAGAAGAGAGGAAGAUGAAGGUUUGCUUUGAAGGCUCAAACCAGUUGAACAUCCCAGUGAACUCGUUCUCAGGAAGUUCUGAUUCUGACGCCUUGGUUGUAAAUAUCUCUGAUGAAAUGGUCCAAACCGCAGUGUGGAAAGCAGUGAACUCGAGUGCAGAGUUCUGUGUCCAACCUGUGAGGCGUUCAGGAAGCCAAGAGAAGGUGGCCUGUGUUAGAGUUGAUGUCAGCCCAGAUUCACCAGGAGAGGGCUCCACUACAGAAACCUUCCUGUGAUAAAGGAAGGCUCACUUUCGUCUCCUGAGCCCUCAACACUUUCCUGCUAAGACGGUGCCUCGUCAUCAGGGUAAAGAGCAAAACUGACCUGGAGCAGCACAACCCAACUGCGGGGGAAACAGACAAGCUCCCACAAAUGCGGAGAGUCCUAUAUGUUCAUCAGAUGUGCCACGGUGCACAUCAUAUCAAACAUCUAGAAGGAAUAUCAAGAAAUUAUAACAUUCACCCUGUAGGGAUUCUCUAAAGCUCGCUAGGUCUUCUCGACUAUUUGAACCGCAGAUGCCAAAGGAAGGCCUUUUUUUUUUUUAGUCAAGAUCUGACAAUUUUAUUUCAUUUGUUGUUUGGUGUAAACUUAACUUUUUACCCAGUGACAAAACUGUACAGGUUUUGUUCUACCUCAUAUUUUUUUAUGGGACAACAGCUCCAAUGUUUAUUUAACAAACGGGGAUGCACCAUGAACUAGAAUCAGGUAAUUUUCAGCUCAAUCAAUCUGAAAUUGGGACCGGCGAGUCAGACACUCUAAAUUCUAAUAUUUUAAUUGUUAGUGAACGCACCGUAUGUAAACACAAUGACUUCUCUUUAGAAAAGAACAACAAAAAGCUUAACACACUUUUCAUAAGGAAGCUAUUCCAUCUACAGAGAUAUGUUGGCUGAUCAUUCUGGGCUGCCAUGAGAGGACAAGACUUUCAUCAGAUAACAGGAAGGUGGAAUGUAUUGGAGCCACGUAAAGCUGUUUUUUCCUCGAGUUUUCAACCUCUUUCUGUCAAUUAUUUUGAGUGUCAGUGAAGUCAGAGGAAGGACACAGAUUCAAGAAGCUAUUUGAAAUAUUUUAUUUUACUUCAUGCCUAGUCAUUUCUGUGGCUUAUUCUGGAUCCAAGAAAGAGCAAGACUUUCAGCAUAUAACAGGAAAGUUGAACAAAGUACAGUAAAGAUGGUCUGUUUUACCCUUUUUGGGUUUACAGCAUCUGUCUGUCAUGAAAUAUGAUAUAUCUGGAAGUAACAAAGAAAAUACACAGGAGGCUGGUGUUUUAGGGAUGCUAGCCAUGCUAACUUUGGCUAAUAAUCUAACAGUUUAAAAUAUCAACUCUGUAAUCUUGUUUUACAGGGACUCCUCUCUCAUUGCAGUUAUUAUAUCUUCUUAUAUCAGUUCUUUAAACAAAAGUGGAAUCUGCUCAAAUCAGCUUCAGCAGGUCAGAGAUCAGAAACCGACCACAAAAUUCUGACCGGUGCAGCAUUAAGGUGCUGUCCUUUCAAUUCAUCCUAACGAUAAUUAGACUUCUAUUGCACCAUGACUUUACACUGUAAGACCUUUGGAUUUAGUCAUAAACCAUCUCUCCUGUCUCCAUGGGGACAUGCAGUGUUUGACAUUGCUGCUCUGAUGUUGGUCAGUUGUUUUCACUGUUCAGCCCACAGAUCAUAGUGGAUGUUAGUAUUUUAUCUCUUUGUGUGCUGUACUCUUCAUCUGUAUUAUUGUACAAAAGAGGCCAUAUACAGUCUGUACUGUACAGGAAGCACUUUGACUGUAAACUUUAUGAUUUUAAGCAGAUUACAUUGUUUAACUUCCUUUCAUAUAAUUUUUUUAGAAAUGUACAAUUACAAUUUCAGAUUGGUAAAGGAUUUAAGUCUCUUUUUUUGUCACAAUGCAGUGAUAACUACUUUGUCCCUGGAUUUUUUGUAGUUUUUUUUUCUGGCAUCAUAAAUAUUUUAAUAAGUAAUAAAAUCUGUCAAGGUGCAAAAUAAGGAACAGAGUAUUCAUGGACCGCAGUUAUAGUUGCACUUGUUUUUAUACUGUCUGUAUUAUUGUGAAUAUCAACCGUGUGUUAUAUGAAAUGUCUAGCGUUUAAAAUAGUUUUAUGCAAAAUAUUUUACUGUACAUGUAAAAACUGUUAUUGUAGGAACUUGAUUUUAUUUUUAUUUUAUUUAUUUAUUUUCUUUGCAAAGUGCAGUCCUGUUUUAGCAAUAAAUAUUCUCUACCAAUCAACGUUUGGAGUCCCGGACUCCUCAAAUAUUCUGCCCAAGAAUAUUUUCCUGCAACAUUUUGUGUGUCUGUUUCAUGGGCUCUGUGUGUAGCGACUCUGCAAACGACCGUUUAUGGUGCCUUGUUGAUGCUCUUAGUGUGCAAGCGUACUGGUUCAUGUGAUGGCGCACAGAUUCCAGAAAGGGGCCGUUACCUCCAUCACACCGCAGUGUUCGUCGUGUUCUUCCACGCCUUUCCCAAAAACAUGGACUUCUGUCUGUUUUCCAUUUGAAAUGUAACUAAAUGACGUGUUUCUGUGUCACAGCUCUACUACGUGCUCACCACCAAAAAAAAACAAAACAAACAACAAAACUUAAGAAUACUAAAGUUUAUUUACAUAAUCAGUGAAUGUUAAUUAUUGUGGUGUCAGUGUCAAAUAUAAAUGUGCAUAUUUAAUUAUUUUGCAGAAAAUUAGACCUGUCGAGUACUUUCAGAAUUAUAUAGAUUGUGUAAAUUAUGAAAGACUAUUUUCACAGGAUCACUAAUCAGAAUGUAUGAAUCUGAAUGAAAAGUCUCCUAUGGAAAGUGAUGUCCAGCCACCUAAAUCACUUAGUAAAGGUUUAUUUCUACUGAUGCACAGAUCAUCAGUUAUUAUGUUUGCUGACUUCUGUCAUGGUUGAUUGUUGCAAAGCAAUAAAAUGAACUCUUGGGGA